AUGGGAAAGGAAGUUAAAGAGUUUGAAUUGAACUUGAGUCCUUAUGGGGGCUCAGGAUAUCAUGCCACCCACUACACAUUCUCACAUGAGUGUUUCAACAUCCUCCUCAGAUGUAGUAAUUAUUUAUCUAGUGUCAAGUCUCUAAAAUCUCUGUGUUUGGAAGUUAUGAACAUUACCCAAGAGAUUGUUGAGUUCUUUAUUUACAACUGCCCAUUUCUGGACCAGUUACGAGUGGCCUACUCAAAUUUAUCGAGGAGGGUUGUUGGUUCAUCUACCCAAUUGAAGCACUUUGACAUUCACAAAUGCGACUUGAUUGAAGAAGUUGAAAUUUCUGACCCCAGUCUUUUAUCAUUUAAAUAUAUUGGAAACGAAAUCAAGUUGCAUGUUGACAAUGUCCCUUUGCUUCUUAAUGUAUCCAUGGGUAGUGGGUGGUGGCCUUGGCCUUGGGUUCCAAUAAGGAAUAUUAUUAGCCCCAUUUUAAGCUUUCUCCCUCAAUUGAAAAAGGACAGUAUGCAUUUCUCAAGGGAAUAUGCUUUUACUAAAUUGAGGCACUUGACAUUUGGGGUGACUGUGGGAGCUGGUAGUGAAAGCCUUGUUGGUCUGCUUCUUGCUGAUAUAGAAAUGAUAAGCUCAUCCAGACGGCAGUUGACUUAUUGCAGCAAUUGGAUCAUUGUAUUUCCCAUCUUCUUCAUCACUAACUUUAGUGUGCAUAAAUUUCGCGUUAUUGAAGAAUCUUCAAGGCUCGAUACUAAGAACAAAGGUAUUUUGGAUUUGGAGGAUUGGGUGAGUCAACUCCCAGAUGAUAUUCUUGUUAACGUUAUAUCUCGCCUAACUGUUAAUGAAACUGCAAGGACUAGUGUUCUUUCCAGUAGAUGGAAAUGUUUGUGGACUUGCAGCCCCACUCUGAAUUUUGAAGAUCCUCAAAAGCUGUUAUAUGUUUAUAAUCUUCGAAGAGCAUCAGAUGAAGAAAGGUGUAAGUACAUAGGUUGGGUAAACAGAGUCUUGGAAUUGCGUGCAGACUCAAAUAUAAACGAGUUUAGAAUACGUUUUGAUCUGAAAGAUUUACAUAAAAGUGCCAUUAAUCAUUGGAUUUACACCGCCAUAGACAAGGGUGUUAAAAAGCUUGAGUUGAACUUGAAGCCAUAUAAUGAAGGAGUAUCAUAUAUAGACCAAUACACGUUCUCAGAAAAGUUUUUCAACAAACUCAAAACCAUUUCUCAUUUUUUAUCAAGUGUUAAUGCUCUAAGAUCUCUGCGUUUAGAAGCUGUGAACAUUACCAAAGAAAUUCUUGAGUUUUUCAUUUACAACUGCCCAUUUCUGGAACAAUUACUUGUGGCAUACUCUUCAACUUUAUCAAGCUUAAAGGUUGUUGGUUCCUCAAUCCAACUCAAGUCCCUAGACAUCCAGUGUUGCCACUUACUUGAAGAGAUUGAAAUUUCUGCUCCAAGUCUUGUAUCAUUUAAAUACGUUGGAGGGGAGAUCAAAUUACAUCUUACCAAUGUUCCCCAACUUGUUGACGUAUGGAUUGGUGGUUCGGCUUUUUGUGUGGCUCGAAUAAGGAAUCUUAUGUACUCAAUAAAGAGCAUUCUCCCUCAGCUCAAAACUCUGGACUUGCAGAAAUACCGGUCGACCAUGGAGAGUAUUCAUGAUUUCUUACCUUGUACCUUGCCUAAACUAAGGCAAUUAACAAUUGAGAUUUUUGUUGGAAGUUCUGAUCGAAGCCUGAUUGGGUUGGUUUCUCACACAAUGAACGCAUGUCCUUAUCUGCAUAAACUAACAUUGAAGUUUCUACUUGUCCAUUUUAGCCGAAGAAAAGACAUAUAUCGGUAUGAGAAACGGCCUCAUCAACAUCUAAAGGUGGUGGAAUUGGUAGGGUUUUGUGGAUUUCCAGUGGAGCUUGAACUCGCCAUCAACUUACUUGAAAACGCCACACUACUUGAAAGAAUGAUAGUUGAACUUCCUUCUGCAGCAACAUGGUCGGAGAGAAUUAGAGAAUGCGCCGGAGAGAGUACAAAGAUGCUAACGGAUUAUAUACCUCCAGGGGUUGACCUUGUAACUCGUUAACUUAAUUAAGUCAAAGUUAAUGUUAAUUUUCAGAUUCAAGUUUAUUUGUACCUACUUAAAUCCAUUAAACUCGUUU